AUGGGCUCCCGUCAUGAGAUCAACUCCAGUGCAGUGCGCAAACGCAUUGAAAAUCAUGACUUCAAGGAUGAAGGAGGAGAGGAGUAUGAGGCCUCCAGCUUCGGUGGGUUUGGGGACUACAUGCGCCGGAAGAAAAUGAAAUUACAGAAUCUUGACGCGGAAAUUCGAUCUUCAGCUGGCGAUUGCCCGCCAAUAUUCCGUGGUGUAGUUGCCCAUGUCAAUGGGUACACUCAACCCUCCCUGCAAGACCUGCACCACCUGAUUGUCAGUCAUGGGGGUGGCUUCCUUCAAUAUUUAGAUGGAAAGACUGCGGCCACUCAUAUCAUCGCCAGUGCUCUGACACCUAAGAAGCGUGAAGAGUUCCGCCGCUACCGCAUAGUGAAACCUGCGUGGGUGACAGACAGUAUCAAAGCAGGACGUCUGCUGCCAUGGGAUGAAUUUAGAAUAGUAGAUGAAGGUCAGGCACAGAGGGUGCUCAAGUUUGACGAUGGCCGGUUUACCAGCCAGACGAAUAGCCCUCGCCCAGGUUACAAAGACCAAUCAAGAACUAGUUGGUAUGACUCUCAGCUCCGAGAUAUGACCACUGCGAAAGAGGAUUUCGGCUUUUCACCAAAGCCGGUGAUCCCGGCUGCGCCGCCCAAAGUCUCACAGAUGGUGGCACCAACCUUGCCGAGCCAGCUAUCCCAGUCAGAUUAUGGCGAUUUCCCAAGCUUCACUAUGGAGGAAGAGGAUGAAGCUCACGACCUUCAGCAUCAAGAUGAGGCAUCCGCCAGUGAUGUAACACAAGCCAUAAUGCCACAUCAAACUCCCAACCCCAACCAAGCGCCAGCUUCACCAGAUUCACCGGUUGGCCUCGGAUCAACCAUGCUUGCCGACUCAGCAAGCCCAACAAAACCUACAUUAACUUCUGAAGAGUACAACGCACAGCUCCUUUCUGACCCAAAGAUGCAGAAGUCCUCUGUUGUUAAUCCAGAAUUCCUGCAGCAGUACUAUAGAGAGUCUCGCCUCCAUCAUCUGUCAACUUGGAAGGCUGGUUUGAAAGCCCAGCUGCAGGCUGCAACGAAGGAGAAUGCACAGUCUCAGAUAUCGAAAAAGAAACCCGUGCCUGGAUCGAGGCGGUACAUCCUACAUGUGGAUUUCGACUCGUUCUUUGCAGCUGUCUCACUUCUAAAUCAUCCCGAGCUUCAAGGUAAGCCGGUUGCUAUCGCCCAUGGCUCUGGAUCAGGCUCCGAGAUUGCUAGUUGUAAUUAUCCCGCACGUGCCCGAGGCGUUAAGAAUGGGAUGUGGAUGAAAGGUGCUUUGCAAUUAUGCCCCGAUCUCAAAGUCCUGCCUUAUGAUUUCCCUGCGUAUGAAGAUGCGAGUCGCAAGUUCUAUACGUCGAUACUUGCCAUUAAUGGUAUUGUACAGAGCGUCAGUAUCGACGAGGCUUUGAUUGAUAUCACGAAUUUGUGUGUGGAAGCUGGCGGCUCAGAUGGUAAGGCUAUAUCGGAAGGAUCGAUUUAUCGCGAGCAAGCCAAAGCGGACGAAAUUGCCCAAGAUCUACGCGAUUCAAUUAAAGAGAAGACCGGGUGCGCAGUCUCUGUCGGAAUUGGAAACAACAUUCUGCUCGCGAAAGUGUCUCUCCGAAAAGCCAAGCCUGCUGGCCAGUUUCAGUUAAAGCCAGAUGCUGUUUUGGACUUUAUUGGAGAUCUCACUGUUCGUGAUCUUCCUGGAGUGGGCAAUAGUAUGGCAAUCAAACUCGAAGAGCUGGGUGUCAAGUUUGUCAAAGACAUCAGAGAUCUCCCGAAAGAGAGACUGAUAUCUGCCCUGGGACCCAAAACCGGAAUUAAGUUGUGGGAAUACACUCGCGGAAUUGACCGAACAGAAGUCGGCGAUCAAACCAUGAGGAAAUCUGUUUCGGCCGAGGUCAACUGGGGCAUUCGAUUUGUCAACCAGGACCAAGCAGAUGACUUCGUGCGAUCUCUGUGCGAGGAGCUGAAUCGAAGAUUGAUGGAAAAUCUGGUGAAGGGGAAACAGCUCACACUAAAGGUCAUGCGUCGAUCGAUGGACGCUCCAUUGGAACCAGUCAAGCAUCUCGGCCAUGGAAAGUGUGAUACAUUCAACAAGAGUGUCGCUCUUGGUGUUGCGACCAAUGUACCAGAGAUCAUUGGGAAAGAAGCAGUGUCGAUGUUAAGAAGUUUCAACUUUUCACCUGGGGACUUGAGAGGUCUGGGUGUGCAAAUGACUAAACUUGAACCAAUCAAGCCUGGCCCAUCAGGCUCUUCAAGCCAUGAGAGCAGCCAGCGAAAACUCAACUUCCGGAUGUCUCCACCUCGCAAGAAGGUCAUUCCAGAUACAGAUCCCGACGAAUUGGAGAGUCCGCAGAAAGAUGACUCUGUUCGUAUCCAAGCGGAUCCAGUACUCAGCGAUAGUGCCCACAAACCACUCAACAUCUCCGGGUCCCAGUUCAUUAUGCCCACUCAAGCCGACCCAAAAGUCCUUGCCGAGUUGCCCACGGAUAUCAGAUCAAGGCUUGUUGCACAAGCAAAGCCGCGCCAGGGUUCUCGCUCUGGGUCUCCUUGUCCUCCCCCGCGUGAAGCUCGACAGCCUACUCAAGCAGAUCUUCCCCCGCAGUCCCAGCUAGACCCAGAUGCAUUAGCUGCAUUGCCUGAAGAUGUCCGCAAAGAAGUCUUGGAAUAUUAUAACCACCCAGUCACUAUCGCUACGCCGCCGGCCGCACCGGCAGUACCAAUGUCACACCCAUCAACCUCUGGCUCCUCCAAGCCGAGAAGGCCGGUAUCACCACCCAAAAAGAGGCGUGGCCGCCCACCCAAGUCGGCAACGAUUGCGAACAAGCCGAAGCCCAAACCUCUGAAUCAAUCGAGCUUUGGGUUCGUUCUUCCACGCCCAGCCGCCGUACCUACUAGUCUUGAUGAAGAGGCUUUGUCUAGACAAGCGUCACCAAAUGUUGAAGAGCCAGCCGAAGCUUCAGCCGAAUUUCUUGCUGCUCUACCUGAAGAUAUCAGACAAGAACUGCUUGAAGAACAAAAACGUUCCCGCGUGCAACAGCGCUCACAAGCCACUGAGCCUACACAAAGACCCCCAUCCCGGGCACAGGAGGCUCCUCCUCCUGCACCAAUUUCUGUAGAGAAACUUCUACCUUUACCGCCUCUCCCCAAACGUCCCGUCUUUACAUCACAGCGCCUGUCCCAAUUACCAGAUCUGCGAGAUGCAGUUGGAUCAUGGCAUGAAGUUUUUGCGGCUGGCGGCCCAUAUAGCGAAGACGUGACCUCAUUAUGUAAAUAUCUGUCUAGUGUGACAUUGCAAGAGAAGGAUGUGGACAAAGCUGUUUCAGUGGUGCGUUGGUUGAUGUGGUUGGUUGGUGAUCACUCGCAGCAACAGGGGUCUAAAGAGCCACCAGCAUCCCGGCCAGAGGGAACUAUAAGCUGGGAAGAGGCUAUAGAGACCAUGCAGUACAGUGUCCAGGUGGCUCUGGAGCAGAGAGAGCUUCCCCCGGUGGACUUUUCGUGA